AUGACCACCCGAUACCGCGUUGAAUGUAUGACGCACACUGGCUCCGCGUCGCACCGUCGCGACCAAUUGAUAGAAUGGGUCAAAGGCCUUCUGGCUGUUCCCUUCGUCCUGCAUUCACAACCUACUGCUGUCUACCAGGAGCACGGCGAGAACCUCAUCGCCAUUGCGGCCGAUACCCAUCAACGUUAUGCGGAGAUCUUCCGAGAUGUUGAGAAUCUCAUGCGCGAUCACAUCCACCACCAAGAAACGGGAGCGCCCGGUAAAUCGAAACUAAAUCUCCUAGUUCCAACCGUUGGCUCCUUCUUCACUCCCCUACCCCUCGAAGACGCCUUCAAGUUCCAGGACGGUCAGCGCUUCAUCAGCCGGCGUCGCUUCGUUGCCCCGUCCUUCAACGACAUCCGCCUCAUCCUCAACUCGGCCCAGCUCCUGGGCCUCUUUCGCACCUCCGGCGUCGAUCUGGUGACCUUCGACGGAGAUGUCACCCUGUACGAUGACGGCGCCUGCCUCACCGACGACAACCCCGUCAUACCCCGCCUCAUCCGUCUCCUCCGGCAAGGCCGCAAAAUUGGCAUCGUCACCGCCGCCGGCUACACUGAGGCACCCAAGUAUUACGAACGUCUCAAGGGUCUCCUCGACGCCGUCCACAACUCGGACGUCCUCACUCCGGCCAACCGCGACGGUCUCGUAGUCAUGGGCGGUGAAAGCAACUUCCUCUUCCGCUACGACCACACCUCCCCGGAUAAGCUUGCCUACGUCCCCCGUGAACAGUGGUUGCUCGACGAGAUGCACUCGUGGCAGGACUCGGACAUUACGCAGCUUCUGGACAUCGCUGAAUCCUCACUACGCGCUUGCGCCAAGAAUCUGAACCUCCCUGUCGCCGUGCUGAGAAAGGAUCGUGCCGUGGGCGUUUAUCCCCUCGAUCGGACGAAGGUAACCCGAGAACAAUGGGAGGAGACGGUCCUGGUGGUCCAAAACACUGUCGAGCGAUCGGUUGUCGGCACUAGACUGCCCUUCUGCGCGUUCAACGGUAUGCCCCCUAUCUGCGCCUUACACCCCCAGGUGUACUGUUCAUGGAAUGCAGGCCUGGCUAACAUGAAUGGUAAAGGCGGAAAUGACGUCUUCGUAGACAUCGGCGAUAAAUCCUGGGGUGUGCGCGCCUGUCAGCAGUAUUUUGGCGGCAUCGACCGAUCCCGUACUCUCCACAUUGGCGACCAGUUCUUGUCGGCUGGCGCCAAUGAUUUCAAGGCACGCUUGGCUUCGACAACAGCCUGGAUCGCUAAUCCGGCUGAAACGGUGCAGCUUUUGGAUGAGUUGGCGAUUAUUGAGAAAUAG